AUGCCUGCCACGACCAGAAGCAGAGGGCCCAGUAAUUCCGGGGCGGCCACCCGGAAGAACCAGCAGAGCCAGAAGCCUUCUCGGGGAAAGCCACAGUCAACAACCGCAAGCAAUAACGCAAAGAGGGUCCCGCGGUCGAGGACGUUUACUGGUUGCCGUACCUGCAGAAGCCGACACCUCAAGUGUGACGAGGCCCGCCCGAUAUGUUCCUCCUGCCGCCGUCUGAAUCUCGUAUGCGAAGGCUACGACGGCCAGCUCCUGUGGGUUCCGGAUCCGCUGUGCUCGGCCUCGGGCGACCAGAAGCAUGCCUCCUCCUCGCAUCGUGGCACGUCGUACCGAUACCCGCUCUUCACCGAGGAUGAACGCAACUCCAUGGCCGCCGAGAUUGUCGAGAGCAUGGGCGAUCGCUCAGCUGGCGACAUUGUUCUCGACCUCGAUGAGAAGAGCGUUCACGGCGUGGACGAGGUGUGCUUAGACGGUCCUUUUGGUGUUUUCAGAGCGUUCGAAGGCGAUUCCAUCACGAAUUCGGACACGUCCUCUUCCCCUCUACUGCAACAGUCGGAGAGCUCUCCGACUUCAUCACCAGCAGAAGCCUUGCCCGAUCUCGUCGGCGGUGAACUGCUAGACGAUGACGUUGAAGAAGUGGUGAUUGAGCCAUGGUCCGUUCACGACGACCACAUCGCGAUAGAACCGUCGUUUCUGCCUGGGCAUUUUGACGCUUUUGGUACAGACACCAUGAUGAACCUCGGCCAACCAUGGAUGCAUGAGGAUACCAACAACGCUACCAGCCCGCCAUCGGACAUGAACCUACCAAUACCGCGCAAGGUUUCCACGCCGUUCACUAACAACCUACCCGGCGUUACGCCAUGCCUACCAACACAUGCCGCCUCCCUCUUACGAUACUACAAGUCCAUCGACUCAUCAUCAUCUGUCAAGGGCAUGAGAAUAUCACCGUGGCAACUUUGGCUUCUGCCUUGCGCAUUAGAAACUUUUGCUGAGCUUUCUCUUUGGAACACUACGACCCAUACCCGGCAUAGCAUUCUCUGUACAUUACUGGCUAGGAGCGCUUUUCACUUGCACAGGUCGCUCAAGACGGAUGAGAAAGCAGCAUCAGAGUGGCUGGAGGUCGGUCUGGACUACCAGAAGAGCGCACAAUCGCAUCUGAAGAUGGCACUACAAAGCGAGUCGGACGAGACCAGUCAGGCCAAGUACAAUGAGAUUCUUAUGGCUAUCCUUGCCACGGCCAUGGUUUCGGUACUCUACAAUGGCUCUCGCGCGGUCAAAAUCUUCCUCCUCGACGCCGAACGACUCAUCCGUCUCCGGGGCCUUUCGAUGCCCAGGUCCUUCAACAUUCGUGUCCUCCACCACGUCUACACACACCUGCGUGUAAUCGCAGAAAGUACCGAUAUAUCUGGCGACAACGCUCCGAAGACAGGCCAAGCCCUAUCAGCACAGGCUCAGGCGCAAGCAGCAACCGAGAUGGCCGUCUCGCUCCGCAAGUUCCGUAUUGCAGAAGACUCUCUCGGUGCCGACCUUGACAUCUCUCGCGAGAAGCCUGCCGAGGUCGGGUACGCGGACAUUCACCUCGACAUUUCGGGCCACUGGCCUGUCACGAUGUAUCCUGAUAUCUAUGGCGUACCCGAGUCCCUGAUGACGCUACUGUCUCAGACCAUCAGCUUCGCCAAUGAGAAGGCCAAAUUGGAGGCCAUCGCACUAUACGACCCCCGUGUCUCGGCAGGCUUGUCGAGGCAUGUCAAGAUGCUGGAGCAACACAUCUGGUCGUGGUCUCUUGAUUCUUCCGAUAAUCAAAGCGGUCCCAGCAGACCUCGGGAACUCAUGAGCAGGGACGCCAGGCUCAUCGAUCACCCCAUCAUCAAGUCCUUGACACUAGCGAUGCAUCAGGCGUUGAUAAUCUACUUCUACCGCAGGGUGUACAACAUGAGCGCCAUGGUCAUCCAAGAUGCCGUGCGCAAGACUCUGGAUUAUAUACAGCCCUGUCUAGAGGAGACGGCGGACGACCAUGACUUCGCUACCAGCAUUGGGUGGGCUGGGUUCAUUGCCGCCUGCGAAGCUACGACGCCCGAUCUUCAGGAACGAGGAAAGCUGAUUCUGGAGUCUAUUGAUACCCAAGGCGUUAUUUUCGGGGCGGAUAAGCCGAGCGUGUUGGCUCAAAGCGUAUGGGAUAAAAGGAAAGAGACAGGGGAUUGGACUUUGAGUUGGCCAGAUUUGAUGCAAAGCAGCAUGACUAGAUGA